AUGAACAGCUUUCACCUCACAAUCGUAAUCGUGCUUCACUUCAGCACAGGUGCUUUCGAUUAACGUGACUAUUUUUUCAAAAUGUCCAAGUUAUUAAGUAUUCUAGUAGUAGUUUUGUGCUUUUCGACUUUACAAUGUGCGGAAAAAAAGAAGCAAUUAGAGUGGUGGCAGACCGAAGUUAUUUAUCAGAUUUAUCCUAGAUCAUUCAAAGACGGAAAUGCUGAUGGAGUGGGUGACUUGAAAGGAAUUGUGGAGAAACUGCCUUAUUUGAAGCAACUUGGUGUAGGAUGUAUUUGGCUAUCUCCUAUUUUGAAAUCUCCGAUGGCUGAUUUUGGAUACGAUGUGUCGAAUUUUAGAGAAAUUGAUCCCAUUUUCGGAACCAUGAAUGAUUUCGAUAGAUUGCUACGAAAAGCUCAUUUAAUGGGUUUCAAAGUUGUAAUGGAUUACGUUCCAAAUCACACCAGUAAUCAACACGAAUGGUUUGAAAAAUCGGCCAAACGGAUCCCACCUUAUACUGAAUAUUAUGUUUGGAAAGAUGCUAAAUAUAUCAAUGGAAAACGUGAACCACCAAACAAUUGGCUCUCAUCUUUUGGCAAAUCGGCUUGGGAAUGGAAUGAAGAAAGGGGUCAAUACUACUUGCAUCAGUUUGCUGUUCAGCAACCAGACAUCAAUUUCAGAAAUGCAGUUGUGUACGAAGAAAUGAAGAAUAACAUCAUUUUUUGGCUGUCAAAAGGAAUCGAUGGACUAAGAAUUGAUUCAGCGAAUUUUCUAAUUGAAGACGAACAAUUUCUAGAUGAACCGCCAUCAGGAGACACUUUUGCGUUACCUGAUGAAUAUCUUUCGUUGAAACAUCCUUAUACUCUCGAUAGACCUGAAAAUGUAGAAAUUAUAAAAGACUGGAGAAAAAUCUUUGAUCAAUAUUCAACGAAACAAAAACCCAAAGUUAUGAUAACCGAAGCUUAUUCAAAUGUUAAGAACAUCGUACCAUUUUAUGGAACAGAAGCGGAGCCCGGAGCACAUUUACCGUUCAAUUUUCUAAUGAUUAUCGAAGUGGGCAGAGAAUCAAACGCUCAAAUGCUAAGAGAUAUGAUUUCAAGUUGGUAUGAUAAUGCGCCUCGUGGAAGUUGGGCAAACUGGGUGAUUGGAAAUCACGAUAAUCCUAGACCAGCAACUCGUUAUGGUCAUUUUCUAGUCGAUGGGUUACACAUGCUGCAAAUGUUACUUCCCGGAACAGCUAUUGUGUACAAUGGCGAUGAACUUGGAAUGGAAGAUACUUUAAUUCGCUGGGAUGAAACUAAAGAUCCGAAAGCACUGACUGCAGGAAAAUUAAGAUAUCAUUUGGUAUCUCGAGAUGGUUGUAGAACUCCGAUGCAGUGGGAUGAUUCUAUCAAUGCCGGUUUCACCACUUACUUACAACCAUGGCUACCAGUUAAUCCAGGAUAUUUCAAAGUUAAUGUUAAACAUGAACUACUAAGAAACUCUUUCGAUCUUAACAUCACUCAUCUAAACAUAUUCCGAGAUUUAGUCAAACUACGGAGAAAUAUUGUUUUUCAAAGAGGCGAUAUGAAUAUGUAUGUUUUAUCCGAAUGGGUCUUCGCUUUAACUAGAUCGUACCCAGAUCAUGCAACUUUUGUUGUGCUGAUAAACCUAGGAAGUGAAAUCGCCAUUCCCAAUAUUAUAGACCAACGACCAUCUUUACCAGAAUAUAUGUCUGUAGUUGUUCCUAGCGUAAAUUCCAAUUAUAAGCACGGUGAAAUUGUUUCAACUCGUAAAGUUUUCUUGAGACCCAAAGCUUCAGUUGUAUUGACUACCAGCGAAGAAGAAGUAGAAGCCGCAAACAUUCAUCCUAAUACAGAUGAAAAAAAAGAAAAACGUCAUCCAGUUUCCAGUCUGUUUGAAAAACUUGGAUAUUCCGAGACCGAGUUAUGAAAAUAUAUAGGUACCUACGCGUACACUUGAAGCAUACGAUUUCACGUUGAUGAUUUUAGUUUGAAAUUAAUGGAUAUUGUGAUUUAAAGUUUAUAUAAUUUUAUUUCUUUCUUAAUGCCACUCAUAUUUUUUCAAUAAAGAGAUAAUUUCUAAAAAAAAAGUUACAA